AUGUUGACAACUUUCCUGCUACUUCUGCGUCUGCUGCUCCUGCCCGGCUGGGCCUUUUGUAGCCAGGAAGCCUCCGAUGGCCCUCGGAACCUCCACAUGCUCCAGAUCUCCUACUUCCGUGACCCCUAUCAAGUGUGGCACCGGGGCAACGCGUCGCUGGGGGGACUAAGGACGCACGUGCUGGAAGGCCAGGGCACCAACGUCACAAUCCUCCAGCUGCAGCCCUUGGAGGCGCCCGAGAGCUGGGUGCACACAGAGGACCGUCUGAAGACCUACCUGAACGAGUUCCAAAUGAUGGUGCGGCUUGUGCACCAUGAGCGGCGCUUGACCUUUCCUCUGACCGUUCGCUGUUUCCUGGGCUGUGAGCUGCCUCCUGAGGGCUCUCCAGCCCAAGUCUUCUUCGAAGUGACUGUGAAUGGGAGUUCCUUUGUGAAUUUCCAGCCAGAGACAGCCUUAUGGGUAGCAGGGCCCCAGGCACCCUCCAAGGUGGUCACCUACACUCUUCAUCAGCUCAACUCCUACAAUCGUACUCGGUACGAACUGCGAGAAUUCCUGCAGGACACCUGUGUGCAGUACCUGCAGGAAUAUAUCACUUCGAAAAACUCAAAAGGGAGCCAAACAGGCCGCUCCUACACUUCACUGGUCCUGGGUGUCCUGGUGGGCAGUUUCAUCAUCGCUGGUGUGGCUGUAGGCAUCUUCCUGUGCACAGGUGGACGGCGGUGUUGA